AUGCAAAACAACUCCUCUCACCUCUCCACUAGCUGUACCCUGUCCAAUGCUGAGAUCACACAAAUAUUGGUGGCUUAUUUGUUCUUCUUUUCCUUCCCCUUUGCAUUUCUACUCAAUGCGAUUGCAGCAUGGGUGUCUUUUCAUCUCCCACUGAGUUCCACCUUUAUAGUUUACCUAAAGACCCUGGUGGGGGCUGAUCUGCUCAUGACACUGACCAUCCCUUCAAUAGCGGCGAGCAUGCUUCCCGGAGCAGCACUCGAGGUGAGGAGCUUUAGCUGCCGCUAUGCCGGCGUGAUCUUCUUCACCAGUAUGUACACAAGCAUCACGCUGAUGGGUCUUAUCAGCCUGGAUCGCUUUUUCAAAAUCGUUAGACCACUUGGAAAAGGGUUCGGACAAAACAUAACCACCAGCAUUGUAUUGAGCUCUUUGGUUUGGGUUGUAUUAUUUGGAGGUACGGCAAUCCCAACUAUAGUUCUAACCGACCAGACUCCUGGAAAUGCAACCGAUGAUGUUUGUAUGUCCAUGAAAGGUCCGGCUGGAAAGACUCUCCACAAGUAUGUGGUGACUUCUAUGGAGAUGCUGUUCUGGCUCGUCACUAUAAUGAUUGUAUUUUGCUACAUCUGCAUCACCCUGAAAGUCCUGCAGUCCUUCAGAAACUCUGGAAGUAAGAACAACCAAGGAAAGAAGAAGACAAAACUGCGCGUUUUCUCCAUCCUCAUUGUGUAUUUUGUGUGUUUUGUGCCUUUGCACUUACUACGCAUUCCUUUCACCAUACAUGAAACGUUUGCCUUGAAUUUCUGCACUAGAGAGGGGCUCCUGGUCGCUCACCAAGUGUCUGUCUGGGUUUCCUCCACUAAUGCUUGCUUGGAUCCCUUUCUCUACAUCCACUUGUGCAGGGAGUACAGAGAGAAGCUGGAUGAGAUCGUGAAAGACAGUGUCCUCUUUGUUAAGUUGCAUUUCUGUAAAAAACAAAGAGAAUCCAACCAGUAA